AUGCCCGGAGGUGUGUGUGCCGUCCUCGAUUACGAGGUCGACAUGAUGGCUGAGUACGUUGCUGAGAUGGCCACUCGCGUUGUUACACCCGAGGCUGCAGUGACCUCGCCCUUUCGCAAGUUCGUGUCUCAGAUCCUCACUUCAACAAGACUGCCCAGCACCACGAUCCUCCUCGGAAUGAACUAUCUCGCCAAGAGAAUCAACACCUUGAAGGGACAGGGUCCUUACAAAGCCUCAGAGGGACAAGUCUGGCGCUACCUGACCGUUUCUCUGCUUCUGGGAAGCAAGUUUCUCGAUGACAACACCUUUCAGAAUCGCUCUUGGUCUGAGGUGAGUGGCAUUGCUGUGUCAGAGCUCAACUCGCUUGAGUUCGAAUGGGUUGAAUCUAUGGGCUGGCGACUGUAUGUCAAUCUCGAUAUGAGCAAGGACUACCAGGCCUGGCUUGAGAACUGGCGUGAAUGGCAAGAGAUCAAGAAGCGACAGGUCGCCCAGGCCAGCCGCGAGAGGCUUGCAUCUAUUGUCCCCGCCAUCGACACAGACAUCGCUAGAUAUUCUGGUCAGCGCCAGUCACCUCACUCGCGUUACCUCCAGGAACAGGUUGCGGAAUAUGAGCGCUACCAGGCUAUGAAGGCUCAACAGCAAAGCUAUCGCCCACGCGAAUCUGGCUGGGGCCAAAGUUCCUGGGGUGCUCCCCUCACGCCUCCCGAUUCCGGGUAUGGCACUCCAGACUAUGCCAUGUCAGCUACGUCGAGCAAUGAGCGCUAUAACGAAUGGUUCUCACAGGCUGCUACUCAGUAUGCUACUCGAUACCCUCAGCCUCCUGCUCAGACCACCUUCUAUCCCAACUCGCGCCACAACUCGUAUGGUGGACACUACUCUUACUCUCAGAACAUGUGGGAACAUGGUCUUGCCGAGUGUAGCUGCGCUGCUUGUGUGGAUCCUAUGAAGCCGCAGGUUCCUUAUUUCGUGCCUCACGGCUACAGUCAGCCCGUCAUGGGUUAA